AUGUUGAAAAACAAGCUAGAUCUGACCGAGCAAAGUAUUCCGCCAGUGUUUGAUGUUUAUUUCGAUUAUGAUGAGUGGGGCAAUCUCGCUGUUGUUAAAGUUGCUAUUGAAGAUGUUUUCUCCGCCUACAAAUUAUUGCGUCGGCCCAUACUUGAUGCCUAUUUGGUUGAAUGGACGGAGGAUUCCAUUGAUAAGAUUGGAUAUGUUAAAGACAAGGAGCAGACUGAAUAUUUAAGUGUUGCAAUGGAUGGGAAAUCCUUUGGAGCAGCAAGAUACGUGGGCUUUGGCUUUGGACAAAAGUUUGAAGGAAAACGAAACCUAUGUACUGAUGUUGAUGUGGACAAAAUAGAGGGCCAGAUUCUUCAGGCAGAUUGCGGGAAUGAUUUCUCUUUUCUACAUGAUGCUACACCUCCCGUGUUGGUUCAAAUGGCCUUUGAUAUUGAUUCUUUCAAGUAUAACCAGACUCCUUAUCUCAACAUGCUUAGUUUAAGCUGUUCAACUUCUGGUUUUGCUGCAACUGAUCUGCUGCCAAAACCCGUGCAUGACUCUGAACUAAAUGACUUCCUCCGCUACACAUGGGAUGACUUGGAGUCUUUUCUUUUUGAUUUUGGUCAUUCUGUAUGGUUGUUAUUGAAAUUGCCAAAGAUGUGUUAUGCGAUGGUUUCUUUUUGUGAUUGGUACAUGAUUCAAGGCAGGCAUUUUUGGAAUGCAUUUGAUGGAGAUCCUUUUGAUUGGGAAACGUUUCCACUUAAAUUUGAAGCAGAGCUUUUUCUACGAUGGGGAGUGGUUAGUCACUUUGUUGUUGCUGCUGCUAGCUACUUACUUUCGGCUCUUGAUGUUCAUCAAGGAGAACCACCUUAUAAUCAUGUUUCUUUGUUUUCAAGGAGAGCCUUGGCUGCUUAUUUUUACAUCAUCAGGGCCUGCACUUCCACUUCCUAA